AUGCAAGUUCUACUCGUCUUUCUGUCUGUGAUAAUUGCUCUGUCACUUGGGUCUAAGCUUCCGCUUAGUGGAACCCAACAUCUUAAUAUCCACCAACGCAUCCACAAGGGAAAAUAUGCCCAUACAGGACAAUUCCCAUAUAUUGUUUCGUUGCUCACAGUUGAGGGCACAAAAGGUUUUCCAUGUGGUGGCUCCAUCAUUGAUCACAACUGGAUUUUGACUGCCGCUCAUUGCACACACAACAAAGAUUGGGUUCAAAUCUUCUAUGGUACAACGGAAAAAUGGAAGAGCGAAAUUAGUCAUGUUGUCAGUUCCGAUAACAUUAUUGAGCACGAGCACUAUGAUAAUAGAACUCUCGAAAAUGAUAUUGCCCUUAUUCGCACACCUUAUGUGGAGUACUCGGAGUUGGUUAAUAAAGUGUCGCUUGCCGAUCGCGAAAAUGACUACGUAGGAGCGUGGUCCAUAGCCAGUGGAUGGGGCAAAAAUGAAUAUGGUAUAGAACAGGAAAAUCUACAGUUUAUCGACUUGCAGAUUCACAGCAAAAUGAACUGCUGGAAUUACAUUUAUAAACCAUCGGACACAAUCAUCUGCGUCGCUCCAUUUGUCGGUGAAGGCGACUCUGGGGGUCCAUUGAUCACACGCGAUGAUCCCAAACUGGUUGGGAUCACCUCUUUUGUAGGUGAUCUAAGUGGCUUCACUCGGGUUAGCGCUUACCUGGACUGGAUUCGUAGUCACACUGGCCUACAAUAG